AUGGCUCCACAAUUGAAAUGGCCUUGGCUAGGUGUGGCCAUACCGACUGCAAUUAUUACAUUUAUUUCAUAUAAUGCACACUAUUUUAUUCUAUCUAAUUUUGUCUCUCUACGAGGUCAGUUCAUAUUCGAGUUUUCAGUAACUAUGAUAUGGUUCUCUUACUUGUCAGCUAUUUUUACUAAUCCAGGUAGACCCUCAUCAAUAUCAAAUAAUUCAGAACUAAAUAACAACAAGUGUAAUAUUAAAAAUCUAAAUAAGAUAAAGGAUACGAAAUUCUGCCAUAAGUGCAAUAAUUUUAAACCAGAAAGAACACAUCAUUGUAAAACAUGUAACCAGUGCGUUCUUAUGAUGGAUCAUCAUUGUCCCUGGACUUUAAAUUGUGUAGGUUACAACAAUUUUCCUCAUUUCAUCAGAUUUUUGUUAUGGAUAAUUAUAUCGACUAGUCAAUUGAAUUGGUAUUUUUUUAAAAGCGUUAUUCAUGUUUGGAAUGAAUGGAAUAAGGUUAACAUUUCGUUUCAAAGAGUGGAGUUCUUUUUCCUUACUAUCCUGAUUCCAUUUAAUCUAUUUAUAUGGUUAACUAUUUCUAUCUUGCUAAUCCGUUGUGUCAAUAAUCAAAUAUUACAUGGAAGGACACAAAUUGAAGCUUGGGAAAUGGAUAGAUUGGAAACAUUAUUUUAUCAUAAAAAAUUAGUCCCUCUAUUGAUUGAAAGAAUAUGGGACGUGUAUCCAUUUGAGAACACUACUGAAAGGCGAGAAGAAGCUAAGUUACUUCUAAAAAAGUCUAAUGACAAAAAAGUAAGAUUUGAAUCAAUAAUAAAUUUCCCUUAUGAUAUUGGUAUACGGCAAAAUUGGGAGCAAUCAUUAGGGCCAAUAUAUCUACUAUUAUGGCCUUUCAACAAACCAAGAGGUGAUGGUAUGAGGUUCAGUACAAAUGAUAUUUCUCGAUAUGAAGAAAAUCUAUCAAUUGAAGAUUUACUUCUGACUUUACCAUGGCCAUCUGAUGGAGGUAGAAAACUAGUCAAUUUAGAAAAUACAAGUGUUGAACAAACAUUUGAGGAUGGAGAAUUUGUGGUUCGUAAUAGAUCAUCAGCUGUUGUUGUUCCAUCUCAACCUGAUACUCAAGAAUCUGCAAGCAAUAUUGUUAUAAAUAGAAGUAACUGGAUAAAUCAAUGGGGGGAAAAGUUACAAGAUUUUGGAGUAGAUGUUGAUGAAGAGUGA